GAGAGAGCCGAGCGAGCACCGUGGCCACGCCCCCUUCCCUCUGACGUCACAGAGAGAGAGAGAGAGAGAGACCAGACGGGGACAACAUGGCGGAGCGGAGGAGACACAGGAAGCGGGUUCAGGAGGUGGGUGAGCCAUUCAAAGAAGAAAAGGCUGUUGCUAAAUACCUGCGGUUCAACUGUCCAACCAAGUCUACCAACAUGAUGGGUCACAGAGUUGAUUAUUUCAUUGCAUCAAAAGCUGUGGAUUGCCUUUUGGAUUCUAAGUGGGCAAAAGCCAAGAAAGGAGAAGAAGCUCUGUUUACAACUCGAGAAUCUGUAGUUGAUUAUUGCAACAGGCUUCUGAAGAAACAGUUUUUUCAUCGAGCACUAAAAGUGAUGAAAAUGAAACCAGACAAGGACAUAAAAAAAGAGAAAGAGAAAGGAAAGACUGAGAGUGGAAAGGAAGAUGAGAAAAAGAGCAAAAAGGAUGGUGGGAAAGAUGAGAAGGCUAAGAAGGAGAAAGAAAAGGAGAAGAAAAAGGAUGGUGAGAAAGAAGAGGGAAAGAAGGAUGAGACCCCAGGCACACCUAAAAAGAAGGAGACAAAAAGAAAGUUUAAACUUGAACCUCAUGAAGAUCAAGUUUUUCUGGAUGGAAACGAGGUAUAUGUGUGGAUCUAUGACCCAGUUCAUUUUAAAACAUUUGCCAUGGGACUCAUACUUGUGACUGCUGUUAUAGCUGCAACCCUUUUCCCACUCUGGCCUGCAGAGAUGCGAGUAGGAGUUUAUUAUCUGAGUGUAGGGGCCGGGUGUUUUGUGGCUAGCAUUCUCCUCUUGGCUGUUGCUCGUUGCAUCCUUUUCCUUAUCAUCUGGCUGAUAACGGGUGGAAGGCAUCACUUCUGGUUCUUGCCCAAUCUCACCGCUGAUGUUGGCUUCAUUGAUUCCUUCCGACCCCUGUACACACAUGAGUACAAAGGACCAAAAGCUGACUCAAAGAAAGAGGAGAAGUCAGAAUCCAAAAAGCAACCCAAAUCUGACAGUGAAGAGAAAUCUGACAGUGAGAAAAAGGAAGAUGAGGAUGGCAAAGCUGAUCAGCUGGGAAACUUGGGAUCUGAAGGUUCUGGAGGCGAACGGAAUUCAGACACAGACAGUGACAGGCGAGAAGAUGACCGGUCUCAGCACAGUAGUGGCAAUGGAAAUGAUUUUGAAAUGAUAACUAAAGAGGAACUUGAUCAGCAAACAGAUGAAGAGGAUUGUGAAGAAGAUGAAGAGGAUGAGGAAGAUACUAGGCCUUUACAUGAACAAUCCUAAUUAAGCUAUUGUUUGGGACUGAAUAUUGUGCAGGCAGUUGGAUUUUCUGCAUUGGCUGGAACACCAUGUUUUUUCCUAAUUUGCUGAAGUAUACAGUUUAGCCAAAUAACUUUAUAACAUCAUUCCUGAUUUGUUUUUACAAAGAGGAAAAAUAAAACAAAAUACUUAAUAAGAUAAGUUCUAAGUAGUCUAAUAUACAUUUACAAAAGCUAUCUGUUACACCUUUUGUUGAUCAGUAGAUGUUUUGAUUUGUCUAGAUGAGUCAUCAAGCAUAUUGAAGAACAUAGUUUGCUUAAUAAUAUUUUGGGAGAUUGCAUGUUUGCAGUAAGUGAACACUUCCAGAAUAGUAAUCUAAAAUGGUAAUUGUUGAAUGACCAUCUCUCACGUUUAUUCCUGGCAGGUUAAUUUGAUUGCUGCUUAUAACAAAGUACUCUUCAGUUUAUCAUAUUGAUACUGUUAAUCUUUAUAAAACUAUAAAACUAUUCUUAGGACUUUUUGUUUAAGAAGAAAACAUUUUUCUUCAGAUAUGCAAGAUAGUGCUAACUUGGCUGUAGGGUUAUAAGCUUCUUUUUAGCUGUGUUCAUCCAGCUUAGGAAAUCCAGUCUGUUCUGUCCUUCUGGUUGAGAGCAUAAAAUAUCAUCUCCAGCAGGUUUAAAAGGAAAAAAACCCAGCAUAAUAUGGAAGUUAUAGCUGUUGUUUUGACCUGCCCCAUCAUAAUACAAAAAGUGUAUUCUGUACAUAACAUACAAAUAAAGUAAACCCCUUAUUUUACCUGUUACUUAUUAUUUGAAAGUUUUAUCCAAUUUUCAGUUUGUGUAAUUAAAAGCCAUUUCAGGAUGUGUGUGUUUUAGGGAAAUGCAAGUUACAAAGACCUCACAGAAUCAGUGAGAUUGGCAGCUGUUUCCAUGGCGGCUUCAGUUCUGUGCCAACAUUCCAUAUAUUCAAGUUCAAGAGAACUGAUUCUAAUUUAACAGAAGCAGACAGCAUAGUUCUGUGUAUGCCUUAAUGUUAAUGAUUUCCUUCUGUCUUCAGAAAGUGGAGUACUGUAUUUGAUGAGUAGACACUGCCAUGAGAGAGUAUUCACCUCUUUAGAAGGAUAGGCAUAAAGAUUUUACAGAGUUCAUACAAAAGUAACCAAGACCAAAUAAUUUCUUGAAACCUUGGGGGAGUUUGAGUAUUCACCUUCUCUCUUGCACAUCCUUUAUUUCACUGACUUGGGAGACCAUUGUGUGUUUAGUUCUAUAAACAUUUUUAAAGUUAAGACUUUACGUCAUUCCUGUGAAUCACUGAAUUUCAGUCUGAAACUGAAAUUAUGAAUACAGAUUCAGUUCUUUCUAGUAAGGAGGUAAUGCUAGUUAUUUGCUUGCAUUUUCAAUAGUUGACAUAACAGAUUUCUCCUUUUUCCAUCACCAGUGUUUUGACUGAAGAUGUUAAUUUUUCUGAUUGUGCAAAUAUAUACAUUUUAUGUGUGCAUUGAUAAAAACCAUUCACAAA